AUGCCGGACGUUAUUAAACUUCACUACCCCAACUGCAUCUUCAUAAUAGAUUGCCCAGAGAUAAAGACUGAGACACCACCAAACGUAGAACAACGGGAUUUCCUCUAUUCGCACCAUAAGGGGGCGCACAUAUUGAAGUUCUUGGUUGCAGUAGCCCCAAACGGCAUGGUUGCGUUUGUUUCCAAGCUUUACGGAGGUUGCCACGGCGAUUCGUACGUAGCGACCGAUUCCGGCUUUCUGUCUCUCGUCAAACCCGGCGACGUCGUGUUAAGUGACGCUCCGUUCCCACAUAUGAGGAGGAGGGUUGCGGAAAGGGGGGCCGCGGUUGUGAUGCCGCCGUUCUUUUCCGGGGAUCGGCUUUCCGUGGAAGACGCGGGGAAGACCUACAGGGUUGCGCGAGUGCGCAUGCACGUUGAGAUGGCCGUUCAGAGGUUGAAGGCGUUCAAUAUUCUGACCAACCAGGUGCCAAUCAGCCUCAUUCCACACAUGUCUAAAGUGAUUCAUGUUUGUGCGGCAAUAGCUAAUUUACAGGCACCUAUCGUUACACCAAAGUGA